AUGGAUUCGUUCGUCUACCACCACAGCCGCGCCGCACCACCAACAUACGAUGAAAACCCCCCAUCGUAUGCGUUACCCGACGAGUCAUCCAUCCUCGAUGCUAGCGAUGAGGAUGUGCCAGCUUCGGCACCUACGCUUGUGCGCAGCAAUCCCUCGUCCGUGAGACUUUUACCGCCUGGCGGGGGAAUUUUGGCGAGCGGGGAUGAUGCAUCCGAUUUAGGAAGUGAGGGCAGAUUCAGAAGGUCCCAGAACACACCUUCACGUCAACAGUACGUAGAUCAGGGAAAUAAUUCUCCUUUUUUCAAUACUCGUCCCCCAAUUUCUACCCCGGUGAAGGGACACUCCGCAAUGGCAAAAAAGCCGGAAGAUACUGUUCAACCAGACCAGGAUGAUUGCGCCGUUCCACCAGGCCCAACCCCUACGUUCCGUGAUGCCCCAAUGGCUUCUGCUGGUGAAGCCUUAGAUCUUCCAACAAUUCCCCCAAAAAGCAAGAAACAAUUGCGCGUCACCUGGAAGGACAUGACUAUCGAGGAGGAAAGUUCUCCCACUCAAAGCACUCCAGGAUGGAUAAGCUCUCCACGUUGCGGAAAACCACGGUCUUGGGAUAUAGUUCCUAAGCCUCUCCGUCUUAGCUCUCCUAAGCCCGCAGCCCAUAUGUUACCGAAACGCCAGGAUGGCUUUACCAAGUCAAUUACACUCUCACCUCUGGAGAAUCAACUAGAGACCCAGGACUUUUCUAGCCGUGAACAAUCUAAAUCGGAUGCUUUAACUGACAAUGUGCACAUUAGAAGCCCUAUUUCCAUGGCUCCGCCCUCGCCACAUCGAUAUCAUCCACUUCAUCAACAGUCCGCCUCAGCUUCCUCUAUCCCUCUCUCCCACCCGUCAUCUAGUCUUGGCCAAGCGCCCAACGGCCCCCAUCUCCCCGCUCGAUCAAGUUCACCAACACGUCCCUGGACUCCUUCGAAGGGCCCGGAACGCUCACGGGCACGUGCUCCCCCGUCUGUAUCCAGCGUGAAUUACGAACCUGCAGAAAUUAACGGCAGUCCUAGACCUGGCACUCCCAGUUCCAGGUAUGGUGGGAGCCCGAGGCGGCCACUACCCCCAGCCCCGUUGUUCACUGGUCCACCGGCGUCCUCUGCUGGCGAAACGAGUAUUGAUAUUGCCGAUGGAGGGGAUGACGAUGAUGGGGAUGACCCUUUUGUUGGGGGACGGAGAACGCGAAUAAAUGACGCCCGUUCAAGUGUUCAGUCGUUUGAAACGUAUCUCACAGACUCUACAGUUGUUACCGAUGAAAAAGACAUGAUGAGUAAAGCUGACUUGGACGGUGACGAGGACGAGGAGGCAAAGUUGAAUGUGCAUUAUGGCCCAGCGCCAGCUGGGCGUCAGGAGCGUAGAGGGGUUCGCAAGGCGCAGAUGACGAAGAAGGAAGUUAGGCUUAUCAACGGAGAACUUAUUUUGGAAUGCAAAAUCCCCACAAUAUUACACAGCUUUCUUCCCCGCCGAGACGACCGCGAAUUCACCCAUAUGAGAUAUACGGCCGUCACCUGCGAUCCGGAUGAUUUCACUGUUCGGGGGUAUAAGUUACGACAAAACAUUGGGAGCACAAUGCGUGAAACGGAGUUGUUCGUAUGCGUGACGAUGUACAAUGAAAAUGAGAUUCAUUUCACGCGUACCAUGCAUGGUAUCAUGCGAAACAUCACCCACUUUUGUUCUCGGACUAAAUCUCGAACCUGGGGGAAAGACGGUUGGCAGAAAAUUGUGGUCUGCAUCAUUGCUGAUGGCAGACAAAAGGUACAUCCGCGCACAUUGAAUGCUCUUGCGGCCAUGGGCGUCUACCAGGAUGGGAUAGCCAAAAAUAUCGUGAAUCAGAAACCGGUCAAUGCCCAUGUGUAUGAAUACACCACUCAAGUAUCUCUGGACCCGGAUCUUAAAUUUAAAGGUGCAGAGAAGGGGAUAAUGCCGUGUCAGAUCAUUUUCUGUCUGAAGGAGCGCAAUGAGAAGAAACUCAAUUCGCAUCGAUGGUUCUUCAACGCUUUCGGGCGCGCCUUGACUCCCAAUGUCUGCAUCCUUCUUGAUGUCGGGACUAAGCCGGCGCCCACCGCUCUUUACCAUCUCUGGAAAGCGUUCGAUCAAGACUCAAAUGUCGCGGGAGCUGCCGGGGAGAUUAAAGCUGGCAAGGGCAAAGGGUGGCUGGGUUUGUUUAACCCGCUCGUCGCUUCUCAGAAUUUCGAGUAUAAAAUGUCGAAUAUCCUGGAUAAACCGCUCGAGUCUGUUUUUGGAUAUAUUACUGUGCUCCCAGGCGCUUUGAGCGCGUAUCGAUACCAUGCUUUGCAAAACGACAGUACGGGGCACGGGCCAUUGAGCCAGUAUUUCAAGGGAGAGAUGCUUCAUGGCAAGAACGCAGAUGUGUUUACUGCCAACAUGUACCUUGCCGAAGAUCGGAUUUUGUGUUGGGAGUUGGUGGCUAAGCGAGAGGAAAGAUGGGUUUUGAAGUUCGUGAAGAGUGCGGUUGGGGAGACCGACGUUCCGGAUUCCGUGCCUGAGUUCAUCUCUCAACGGCGACGAUGGCUCAAUGGCGCUUUUUUUGCGGCCGUGUAUUCGCUCAUACAUUUCCGCCAGAUUUGGCGGACGGACCAUACCAUUGCGAGGAAGGUUCUAUUGCACAUCGAAUUUCUGUAUCAGUUUGUUUCUUUGGUCUUUACUUUCUUUUCUUUGGCGAAUUUCUAUCUCACUUUCUACUUCAUUGGCGGUGCCUUGUCGGACCCUACCAAUGACCCAUUCGGGCAUAAUAUCGGGAAAUAUAUAUUUGUAAUAUUACGAUAUGCCUGCGUACUACUUAUUUGCCUGCAAUUCAUUUUGUCAAUGGGCAAUCGGCCUCAAGGAGCCAAGAAGAUGUUCAUGUCCGGCAUGGUCGUCUACUGUAUAAUAAUGAUAUACACAGUCUUUUCCGCCUUAUACAUGGUGGUCACACAGUUAAAGCUCAGCAAGAAACCGAUGGAAGAGCGCCUGAAAUUGGGCAACAACACCUUCACCAACAUCAUCGUCUCCACCCUCUCAACCGUCGGCUUAUAUUUUUUCAUGUCUUUCCUCUACCUAGAUCCCUGGCACAUGUUCACCUCGUCCGCGCAGUACUUCGCCUUGCUGCCAAGUUACAUCUGCACCUUACAGGUCUACGCCUUCUGCAACACCCAUGACGUCACAUGGGGUACCAAGGGCGACAACAGCAUCCACACCGACCUCGGCGCAGCGCGUAUCACCGGCUCCUCCACUGUAGAGCUUGAAAUGCCGUCAGAACAGUUAGAUAUCGAUAGCGGCUACGACGAGGCGCUACGCAAUCUGCGCGAUAGGCUCGAGGUACCAUUGCCAGAGCCAUCGGAGGCUCAGAUGCAGGAAGACUACUACCGCGCGGUGCGCACGUACAUGGUGUCAGUCUGGGUUAUCGCAAACGCGAUUCUCGCCAUGGCUGUAUCAGAGUCCUUCACUGAGAAAUCUGCGGGCAGUAACGGGUACCUGGCCUUUGUGCUGUGGAGCGUGGCUGGGCUAGCGCUAUUUCGAGCGUUGGGGUCCGGGGCGUUUGCAAUGCUGAAUCUUGUUCAUCAGGUCAUGGAGGGGAAGAUGAAGUUUGAUGCGGCGGGGGGUACGGGUUAUGGGUAUGGUGGGUUUUUAGGGGGUGUGGGUAGUGGUGGGACUAUGGGGACUGGGUCCAGUGGAACUGGAAGCUCUGUUGGGAGGACAUCUCCCGGGAGGAGUGUUGGAGAGGCGGUCAGUGAUUGGGCGAGUGAGGCUGGCUGGACGGUGAAGAGGACAGCUGGGAAGUUGAGGUUCUGGAGAUGA